GUGUAUGGAAACAACGUUGUUUGUUCAUUGUUGUCAUUAUUUUCCUCGAACCGCCACCAACCAAUCGCCGCUAAACAAAUUCAAUACAACCCGAACCCAUGUCGGCUAGCCCAUGAGAGACCCGACUGCGACCCUUAAAUUUCUUUCCGCCAAUACAAUCACCAUCAACAGCCAGAGAAUUCAAGAUCUGCGGCGCCUCCUUCUCGGUAACGGCUGCGUUCAAUUAAAAUCCAUGGCGACCAAGUUGGAAGUGUCGGCGACAAAGGGUACCGGCGACGAUAAGAAAAAAGGAGCGGAAGAAGAAAAAUUGGUGAAGGAAUUGCCGCCUCCGCCGGAGAAGCCUGAGCCCGGAGAUUGUUGCGGGAGCGGGUGCGUGCGGUGCGUUUGGGACGUGUAUUAUGAGGAGCUUGAGGCUUAUAACAAGCUUUACAACUCUGAUUCCAAGAAUUCCAUAUCAAAGCAGUCAUCAUAAAAGUUUUUUUUUUUUUUCAUUUUUGUUGUUUUAAUUUGGUCAAUAAAUUGGGAUUGUUGUUGUCAAUUUCUGGCGAUGGAAAAUUAUUGUUGGUCUCAAAUUUGUAGAUUUAUUUGAUGAAAUGGAAAGCAAUUUAUGAAACUUUU